UCAAAUAUAUAUAAAACAUAUCUCGGCCGGAGCAGGUGGCUCAAAGAGACCUCCCAAAAGUUAUAUAUUUUUUUCCCUUUCUCUAACCCUUCGAUAGUUUUUACCGACCAUGGGGUAGUGAAAUUACGGAAUAUUUUCGAAUUGAACUUUUCCCACAUAAUAUAAUCUGAAUACCACAGAUUAUCUAACUACUACAUAUAAACUACAUACCACAUAAUGUCCGCAAUUACAACUAAGUUCAUUACAGACCACCAAUUCACCAAUGAGAUGAGUAUCGAAGAGCUCAGUCAGUAUGCGCCAGAAAUGCGUGACCUCUUGGGAGAUAAUAGAGAGAAAAGACGCCAGGCUCGUAAUCGUCUUCAAAAAGGGUAUAAAUUUAGCAAAGGACAGGCAUUCGCAUUGAUUCCUGACCAGAGAAUCGAGCGGUACAUAAGUCAAGUACCGUUCCUAGAGGAACUAGGAUUAGAAGCCGAAGUGAAUAUAAGCCUAGUAUCUGAGAACGCCCCAGAAGGCGAGACUAUUAGAGAAAUGGCUCAACGUAUUGUUCGGGAUAAUCUUAGUGAAAGAAAUGUAAAAGCGAUAUCUAUAACUUUAGCUGAAACCGCCUCCGAUCCUAUCGUUGCCUCAUCACGUCUCUCCAGGCUUCGAAGAGAAUUGCGAACCCUCAAUGCUCCAGAAAAAAUAAUCUCUGCUACCAAGAUUCCGGAGAUAACCAGAGCAUCUAAUAAAAUCCAACAGGAGCGUACUGAGCAACGUAAAAAUGAAGGACUUCAUUAUCCGGACCACUUCUCGUUAGAAUCAGUUAAGGAACGGCUAGAUUUAUAUGUUGUGUCUAACACACCCGAUAAACAGGCCCUAGCUGAUGUAAUGAUCAUGCUCUGUAUCCGCCCUGCUGAAAUUAAAAACUUGCGCAUAGCAAAUGGAGGUGUAACUGGAUACGCAAAAAACCGAGGCCAACAGGAUGUUCCUCGGGUGUUUAGAUCAUUGGAAAAAAAUGAGGAGCGGGCAAGAGAAUUACUUACAUGGAUUCAGGAAGCAGUUUCUUCCGGACAGUUAAGAGACCCCGGAAAGCCUGGAUCGACAUACUUAAGUUCAUUUCUGAAAAAAGAUGAAUAUAUUCCUAAACCUUAUGAGCCAUUACUCCCUAGUUCUUUGCGCAAAUUAGGGGCGGUAUUUGCUUCUGUAGUGCAUGGGCCUAAAAAUCCGUCAAAAGCCAAUACUUAUGCCACUGAUCAAAAGUAUUCAUCUGAUAUAUCCAACGAGCAGGAAGUUAUCAGGCGUACAGAGAAAUUAGCCCAGUCAUUAGGACUGGAUGAGCAGAAUACAAGAGCAUAUAAAGCACUCUCUGGACAGAUUUGGGCAUUAGAAAAAAAACUGGAAGAUUAUCAUAUCAAAUAUGUAAAGCUUAAAAGGAAGGUCAAUUUAUUGGAAGAUGAAUUGGAAGAUGGAUUGGAUGAUCUGGGCGAAUGUGUAGAUAGGGGAGCUGUGGUCGACUUAAUACAUGAAAUAGUUCCCUCGCUAAUUAGUAAAAAAGGGCCGAAAGGCGAUGUGCAUAAAAAUUCCUACUAUUCGUCUGAGUCUUCUGAAGAUUCCGAUUCGGUUGAGGUAAGAGAAAAAAAGGCUAUCCCUCAUGCUUUAGCGCCUUUAGCAAAGCAACGAAGAAGGGCGCGACCGAGAAAGGUUAAGUAAGUGAUAGUUUAAAGAGAUGAAUCAGGCACUUUGUAUAUUUUUGAUCAAAGAUAAUUGAAUCGGACAAACUAUCUGGUAAUGGCUAAAAAAUCAAGAAAUAACAGGCGCAAGACAAUGGGUAAGUUUACUACUAAUCCCACACAAUAUUUUUCCCUAUGCAAUCCAGCCAAAUAUGAGCACACAUAUGAUAGGGCAACCGGCUUUAUCACUGUCAAGAAUAAAAGACAGGAUAGGAUUGUAGGCGUGUUCGAUUAUCCCGAGCUGAGUGAAUAUCUGGGAGUUCGAUCCAACUAGUCCGGAGCGGGCCGUGA